GAUAACAGGAGUCUUGAAGCUUCCCCCUGUCGGUUCGACUGUAAGCGGAUUUUGUCUGCUCAGUCACCCGAACUAUUUAACCGAAUGAGGACACAUCACCAUAAAUGUCUACAAUUAUACAGCUGCGUUUAACUGCAUAACUUCUAGCCUACACUUUGAGUUACGAUGACAAGUUUAUUUAAAAAGAUAAAGGAUCGCGUCGAAGCUUUUUUAAACGAGAAGAAUUUCGUCACCGACUGUCUCAAUUACAUCGAAGAGAAAACUGGUAUCAAAAAAAGAUACCUGGCGAUCGGUGCUGCAGGUGUGACUGGAGCAUAUUUAUUAUUUGGAUAUGGCGCCUCUCUUCUCUGUAAUCUGAUUGGUUUUGUUUAUCCGGCAUAUUAUUCAAUCAAAGCCAUAGAAAGUCCUGAUAAAGAGGAUGACACACAGUGGUUGACGUAUUGGGUCAUCUAUGGCUUCUUCAGUGUGGGAGAAUUCUUCUCAGACAUCUUUCUACACUGGUUUCCUUUUUACUACAUAUGUAAGUGUCUGUUUUUACUGUGGUGCAUGGCUCCGGUAUCUUGGAACGGUUCUCAGAUUCUGUACAGGCGUGUGGUGCGGCCAUUUUUCCUGAAGCAUGAAGCUGCAGUGGAUGGAAUGGUCAGCAAUAUAGGCGGGAAGGCCAUGACAGCUGCUGAGAACGCCACCAGAGAGGUUCUUCAGACUCUAGUAAGAAACCGAACUAUUGGUCCAGCCCAGUCCGAACCCAAAGGACUGCCCAGUUCAACUCCUGCAGAUCCCAGUGUUGAUUAAAGAUAGAACAAUUACAGGAAAAUACAAUUGGUCAACUGCAAGGCAACCAAGACAAGCUGCAUGCUCAAGCAGGACUUCAAAUAGGACAUAAUACAACAAACAGCAAGAUAUAUACAUCAUGCAUCAUGUAGAGAUUUAUGUUGUAUGUAUUGCAUCUUUUAGAUCUAUUUAUAUAGUAAUUAUAAAACAUUCUAAUAAAAAGGUCUCCCAACUUUCAAUAAAUGUAUUUUGUAAAAAUAAAAGUUUUUCUUCUUAAAGUCUUAUGGCCUAUUGUCUGUAUUUAAACUUAAAAUAAUUAAUGAUGUAAUGUGGCACACUGGCACUAUAUAGAAUUUACACACA